AUGGAUUUCGCCAUAUCCUACCUUGUCCUCUUGUUCGCGAACAUAGGCGCAGCAGUGUACAUACACAUCGAAGACGGCCACUGCAUCGACCUGUACGAUCCCAAAAACAUGGUCGGCGGCUUCCCCGCUGCCAUCCCCAUCUGCGGCAUCAGCCUCGCAAGCGCAUGCGGCACCAGCGACGACGGCGCUCCAGAAGCCCUCAAUCCAUACGAUUGUAAAGACUGCGAUACCGUCACGAUUUUCGACGGUUUCAAAUACAGCAAGCAAAUGGCCACUGGAGAGCCCACAUGCAAAGGUGUAUUUCCGUUUCCCGAAGACUACGGCGAUGUCUACUACAACAGUGAUGGUUAUCUAUACGAUGCCUUUGGGAACCAAAUUGGCGAUGCAUCUUGUGACGAAGCAGUGGACUGGGGGGGCCAGUUCCAGAAUCCGUGGAACUCGAAGGGGGAUGGAACGCAUCAACCUUCUACAACACCUUGUCCAACAUCCGCAUCGCCUCCGGCACCGAGCGCCUCCUGCUACCAUGGUGCUGAUCCCGACGCUUGCCCUGAUCAGUACGAUCCUGGCUGGUGCUAUUGCAACAAUGAGGCUCCUCUGUAUCCGAUCAUGGCGGGAAAUGACCCAUGUGGUUAUACUGUCAUGCCUACGAUUACGACCACCUCUCCUACUUGUACUGCUACCUAA